CAGCAAAUCUCCCUGAGAGCGGAACCUUCCUCAGCUCGAACUCAACCUCCAGUUAUUAAAAAAUAAAAAUCGCUAGAGCAGCCCUCACUGGCCACAUCUACUUUGUAUGUAUGGUAGAGGGGCAGGCAUACUGUUGUAUCCAACUCAGGCCACUUCAUUUCCUGUUCUCUUUUUUAAAAAAAUAUAUUUUUUUUGGUUGUGUUUGACUUUUUAUGGAAGGGUGAAGCCUACAAGGAUUUUAACUCAAUACUCUUGAUUUCUUUUAGGCUAUUUGGAAUUUUGAAGGAUACUCUGAUUUUCUUUUUCUUUUUCUUUUUUUCUCUUUUCUGACCUCCAAUGCGUCUGUAAGUCCCGUCACUCCAAACCCACCCACCAAGGACCCUGAAACCUGUCCACUCCAGGCGAAUCGAGACCGUCCGGCUGGGUCCCCCCCAUUUGGGCCGACUUUGCGCCUCCAAACAACCUUAGCAUGAUGUCUUAUCUUAAGCAACCGCCUUACGCAGUCAAUGGGCUGAGUCUGACCACUUCGGGUAUGGACUUGCUGCACCCCUCCGUGGGCUACCCGGCCACCCCCCGGAAACAGCGGCGGGAGAGGACCACGUUCACUCGAGCACAGCUAGACGUGCUGGAAGCGCUGUUCGCCAAGACUCGCUACCCAGACAUCUUCAUGCGGGAGGAGGUGGCGCUGAAAAUCAACUUGCCCGAGUCCAGAGUUCAGGUAUGGUUUAAGAAUCGAAGAGCUAAGUGCCGCCAACAGCAGCAGCAACAACAGAAUGGAGGUCAAAACAAAGUGAGACCUGCCAAAAAGAAGACAUCGCCAGCCCGGGAAGUGAGUUCAGAGAGUGGAACAAGUGGCCAGUUCACUCCCCCCUCUAGCACCUCAGUCCCGACCAUUGCCAGCAGCAGUGCUCCGGUGUCUAUCUGGAGCCCAGCCUCCAUCUCCCCACUGUCAGACCCCUUGUCCACCUCCUCCUCCUGCAUGCAGAGGUCCUAUCCCAUGACCUACACUCAAGCUUCAGGUUAUAGUCAAGGAUAUGCUGGCUCAACUUCCUACUUUGGGGGCAUGGACUGUGGAUCUUACUUGACCCCUAUGCAUCACCAGCUUCCUGGACCAGGGGCCACACUCAGUCCCAUGGGUACCAAUGCUGUUACCAGCCAUCUCAAUCAGUCCCCAGCUUCUCUUUCCACCCAGGGAUAUGGAGCUUCCAGCUUGGGUUUUAAUUCAACCACUGAUUGCUUGGAUUAUAAGGACCAAACUGCCUCCUGGAAGCUUAACUUCAAUGCUGACUGCUUGGAUUAUAAAGAUCAGACAUCCUCAUGGAAAUUCCAGGUUUUGUGAAGACCUGCAGAACCUCUUUUUUGGGCGUGAUUUUUAAAUAUGCUGGGCUGGACAUUCCAGUUUUAGCCAGGCAUUGGUUAAAAGAGUUAGAUGGGAUGAAGCUCAGACUCCUGAUCAAAGUUCCAAGAGGCAUAGAAAGAACACUGAGCAGCCUCCCAGGGGCCUCGCGACCAGCGACCUGAAAUGGACAAACCAAUCUACUUAAGAUCCAGUCAUAGUUUUAGAUCAUUGGUUUUUCUGAUUUGCAAAGUGAUUGAUCAAAUAUACUCUAGCCAUGUACAACCAAACACCACUUAAGAAAAAAUGAAAAUCAAACAAAACUUAAGGUGUGAGCGAAGGGAGGAAAAGUCAUAUAGCCUUCCUAAGCAGAGGUGAUCCAAUGUUUUAGCCAAUCCUUGGUUGAAUCUUAGGAAUGAACAGUGUCUCAAGCUCAUUCACGUUUCAUGACCAACUGGUAGUUGGCGCUGAAAAGCUUUUCAGGGCUGUGUGAAUUGUGCGACUGAUUGUCCUAGAUGCACUACUUUAUUUAAAAAAAAAUAAUGUUCAUAAGGAGUCAAUAUGUAGUUUUAAGAGACAAUCAGUGUGUGUCUUUAUAUAAAUGGUACAUCUGUGGUUUUUAAUCUGUGCUAGACUUCAAAACUGUGAUCUCCUGUUAUUGUAUGCAACCUGGAACUCCACCUCUGCAGGGGUUCUCCUGUGAUUAAAUAGGUUAUAAUUAUAAGCAAAACUCAGAGCAACUGAAUACUGAUCUCGAAAGAUUACCUUUGGCUGGAGGUGAGCUGCACCGAAACCUUACCACGACAAAAUGUCUCUGGACAAGGAGAGCGAGCAGGGUGAAGCGAAAAGGACCCUAAUUCAUCUGUAAUUUACUGUUGGUAAGCCUGGCAGUAAAGAGACGCUGGUCAAUUGCUCUGGCCCUGAUGAAUUUUUAAACUGAGAUCAUUGUCGUUUAUGCUUGCAGAUGUAAACUGGAAGUUAUAUAUGCAUAAACCUUUUUCUUCCUGGAUUUGGCAGAUAUGUAUAAUUAUAUUAAAAUGGUUCUAGCACAA